ACACCAUUUAUUGAAAUUUUGUCAUUCCAAAAUUGAUAUCUAUGAAAUACUGCAAAGGCUUUUCUACAGGAAAAGUUCAGCUGAGUGCUCCAUAACAUCACUCCUUUGGACUUAAAAUAUCAAACAGGGGAUACACAUGGACUACACACAAUUUUAAAAAUGUUCAAAACAGGUCAAAGACCUGAUGAUUAAUAGUGUUGGGGAAGGAUUUCUGCAAUCUUCUAUGGUUGCCCUGGCUGCUGUUGACAAAACUAAGGCCACCUAACUCUGCUUCAACACAGGGGUUUACAACACUGUAAUAUAUGUGCAUUAACAUCACACUUUCAGUGUCACACAAUCUAGACAAGCCCUUAAUAAAGGAAACUGAGGGUGGGAAAGCCUCUCUUAAUUCCUUUAAUUUAAAAUGCUUUAACUGGUUUUCCAUGAAACCUACACAAAUAGGGGCAGCACACAUUCAAACAUAAAUACAUCUUACGGUGAAGGAGCAGCGUUAGCCACACAAUCAGUAUCAGAGUUGUCAAGCUAUGAAUAAUAAUGGUUCAUUUGACAUUUGAGUCUGCAUUAUAGUCUGUCCUCAGUGUUAAGAAAAUAUGUUUUUUCUGUGGGAUAACUAUUUGCUGUCCCCCUGUAAAAACAUGUGGAGACAAGGCACUUUAGUUUCACCAAAUGGCAACCAAUGCAAAGGAGUAACAGAAUAAUUCAUUUUAAAAAAUCCUUGAUUUUGGCAGUACAGAACAGUACACUUGUCAGAAUGAAGAACAUCACUGAAAUGUAUCAUAACAAAAUAUGUAACAUACAUAAAAUUAAAAUAUGCAAUUAGUAUAAACAAUUCAGUAGAAAAAAAAUCAGCAUGUAUGUAUGCUACAAAUGAAGUGACAGAAGAGUAAAGUGUGCUCUUCAGUGUUUGCAGGAUGAGGAAUUACUUGCAGAAAUAAGGAUUUUAAAUAAGUUUUCACUUACAAAGGGCAGCGGAACCAUGUUACUGGAAGUCAAAAAUGAUACUGAAUGUUAUAGGAAUGUACAACCACUUUAAAUAUAUGGAUUCUUUGGGAGAGGUAACAGCGAAAGUAUGAAACUAGCGUGCCCUAAAGACUCAGGAACAAAAAGGGAAAUUUAAAAAACCCAGAUGUAUUUAUGUAUUUUAAUUUCAGAACUUUUGGGUAUAUAACUCAAGACUUUUGAAUACUUGUGGUUGUCAAUCUAUCUUGGGGGCGUAUAUCUGUACUUAGUAAAAAAAAAAAAAAAAAAAAAAGUAGAAAUUGCCUUUGAGAAGGAUUUCACAAAAGAUAAAAACCUGGCCUUAAGGGUACGAUGCUAAAGGUACUGAGGCAACUAGGGAGAUUUUCAAAAGCGUCAAGGUGCUUUCAACCUUUACAAAUCUGGUCUGUAGUGACUAUUUGGGAACCAAGUUCAACACACAAGUGGUGACGUGAAAAAAGCACAAGGGUGCUGGCUAGAGAGGCAAAAUAACCAUUGACAAAGGCAAUCCCUAUUGGUGAAUCACAAGAAACUAAGUUUUGACACCAAAUCAGGAAAUCAGUCAUCCUUAAUGUCACAUGACACCAUAGAAUAAAUUUGUACAUCAAAUAUGCAAAAAAAAAAUUAGAAUUAAAAACUAACAUAUCCCAAUACAAACAGGAAGCGGUACUAGAAACAGUGUGAGCCCUGAUUGCUGAAGCUACUAGCAACUAUUAAUAUUUUCAAUGAUUAUUUACUAUGAAAGUAUCAACUAAAUAGCACAAUGACAUCCAUCUACUCAGCAGUAACCAAGGUAAAUGAUGAAGUGCUAAGAGUAAUAAAAAUAAUAGUUUAAAAAAGGAAUGAAACUCUAUUUACAGGGAUUACAAGGAAAAGGCAGCCCAGCUCAGGCAACCAGAACAGCCGCUGACACAAAGGUGAGCUGCGACUUGGCGCUAUACAGCCUGUCCAUUGAUACGGGACUCGUAUAAACACUGACGAUUUUAAUUUUUGGAGGGGGAAGGCGUCUGUAAAGGGUUUCACUGACUCAAGCCUCCUUUAGCAGCUCAAUACAUCCUAUCAGAGAGGGAGGGAAGAGCCGCCGGGCAGGCAGCGCGCCUUUCAGCACAGCCCUGGGCCGUGGGCGCGCAGCUGCGCCGUCCUGUGGAGGGGGAAGCAGCUGGCUCACCGCAUCUGGGUCACUUUCACCCGCUCGGCUCCCACCUCCCUGGCGGGGGAUUUCCCCUCUGCCCUCGUCUCAGCCCCGGCUCCUACCCCCAGCCCUGGUUUUACCGCGCAGCCCCCGCUUCGGGAGCAGCGUUGCUGGGCGGCCCCAGGGCCCGCGCUUUGAAACCUCCCAGCGGCCGGGGCAGGGCCUCCUCCCAAAGGGGCUGCAUAUGGGUGCGAUCGCUCCGCCCCGCCACUUAAUGCACCGCACUCAGACCCGACCUCCUGCGCCGCUAACCGCAGCACCAGCUGCCAGCCCCAGGCAGCCCGAUCCGCGACGCGAGAUCGGACCCCGCGACAAGGUCGCGUGCGCAUGCGCCACAAGCCUCGGCGCUGUCUCCUCCCUCCCUCUGUCGCCAGAGGGAGCUCCGGGAGCGUGCGCAGCGGGCACGUUCGGCGUUCCCUAGCAACCGGCAAACAACAGCGAGGCGGGGGAGAGCGCUGGCGAUAGGCCCCGGCGGCACCCCUGGGCAGUGGGCACCCCUCGCCGCGGGAAGUAAUUUCCCCCAGAACUGACCUCUGAUUUCUUGACAAAGAGAAUGGGUAAAAAAGUAAAGAAGGAAGUGGAGCCUCCUCCCAAGGAUGUGUUUGACCCUUUAUCGAUUGAAAGCAAAAAAGCAGCAACAGUGGUGCUGAUGCUUAAUUCUCCAGAAGAGGAAGUUUUGGCUAAAGCAUGUGAUGCUAUAUAUAAAUUUGCAUCAAAAGGUGAUGAAAACAAAGUGACACUCCUUGGUCUUGGAGCUGUGGAACCUUUAUUUAAACUAGUCUCACAUGAAGACCCACUUGUGCGAAGAAAUGCCACCAUGGUAUUUGGGAUCAUGGCUUCUAAUAAUGACGUCAGAAAAUUAUUAAGAGAGCUAGAUGUCACAAAUUCAGUCAUAGCUCGGCUGGCGCCAGAAGAAGAUAUAGUUGUCCAUGAGUUUGCCAGUCUUUGCCUAGCACAUAUGGCAGUCGAAUAUACCAGUAAAGUGCAAAUAUUUGAGCAAGGUGGACUAGAACCACUUAUCAGAUUGCUAAGUAGCCCUGACCCUGACGUUAAGAAGAACUCUGUUGAAUGCAUCUAUCACCUCGUACAGGAUUUUCAAAGCCGUGCUGCAGUUCGUGAACUAAAUGCUAUUCCUGCCUUACUGGAACUGCUGAAAUCUGAAUAUCCAGUUGUUCAAUUGUUAGCUCUCAAAACCUUUGGUGUAAUUAGCAAUGACAGAGAAACCAGGAUAAUACUGAGAGAAAACCAAGGAUUAGAUCAUCUUUUUAAGAUACUGGAAACUAAGGAAUUUAAUGAUCUUCAUGUGGAAGCUCUUGCAGUAGUGGCAAAUUGUCUUGAGGAUGUGGAUACUAUGCAACUAAUUCAGCAGACAGGGGGCCUUAAAAAGCUACUUUCGUUUGCAGAAAUGUCUACCAUUCCUGAUAUUCAGAAGAAUGCAGCAAAGGCAAUUACUAAAGCAGCUUAUGAUCCUGAAAAUAGAAGAAUUUUGCAUGAAGAAGAGAUUGAAAAGUGCCUUGUAACCCUUUUGGGAACUGACAAUGAUGGUGCUAAAGCUGCUGCUUCUCAAGCUAUUUCUGCUAUGUGUGAGAGUUUAGCAAGCAAAGAUGCUUUUGGAAUCCAAGGGAUUCCCCAGCUAGUUCAGUUGCUAAGCAGUGAGAAUGAAGAAGUAAAAGAAGGUGCUGCCAUAGCUCUGGCUAAUCUGACAACAGCCAGUCCUAGCAAUGCAAGUGCUGUUGCUGAAGCUGAAGGAAUCGAGCCAUUAAUAAAUGUCCUGAGUGCUAAGAGAGAUGGGACUGUUGCUAAUGCAGCUACAGUACUAACAAAUAUGGCCACGCAAGAGCCAUUACGUUUCAGCAUCCAGAGUCGUGGUGUUAUGAAUGCAAUUGUAGAACCACUACAGUCUACCAACAGCCUGGUACAAAGCAAAGCAGCACUCACUGUGGCUGCCCUUGGUUGUGACGCUGAUGCAAGAACUGAGUUAAGAAAUGCAAGUGGACUUGAACCACUCGUUAAACUGCUACAUUCUAAGAAUGAUGAAGUCAGAAGAAAUGCCUGUUGGGCUGUUAUGGUUUGUGCAAGCGAUGAACUAACAGCAGUUGAACUUUGCAGGCUAGGUGCUUUAGACAUCCUGGAAGAAAUUAACUUGUCAACAGGGCGCAAAAAUAACUUCAGUGAAGGAGCUCUGGAGAAGCUACUUGAUAACAACCUUUCCCAAAAAUACAGCCAGAUGGGGUACUUAUCAUCCAGUAACAUAAUUACUGAUGGGUUCUAUGAUUAUGGUCAGGUAAAGCCUGGAGUGAAACUUUUGUCUUUGGAGGAACUGAAUUUACAAGAACUUAAUGAUCAUCGUGCCAUAAUUUUAGUUAAUGCUAAACUACCAGAUGUUGCAGAGGACAAAUCACAAGAUCGAUAUGAUGGAAGAACCACAUCUUCUUCUUCUUCUAUUAGAAAAAGUAGUAAAGAAAGAGCAAGUAGUGCAGUGGUAUCUCCUGUGGAGGAAAAACAAGAAUCUUCUGGACGAUCUCCCUCUUCGCUCAGCAAAAGCAGCACUAGAGAGAAAGGCUCAAGAAAAGGGAAAGGAAAAAAAGAAGAAGAAAAACCAAAAGAUGAAGAAGAGUUGCAAACAAUAUCUAAAAUCCAGCAGGAAGUAAUUCUUGAAAAGGUACCAUGGCUGCCACCAUUUGACUCCAUUUUACUGGAUUACAUUAUGGAUGCUUCCAAAAUAAUCCUACCAUUAACUACUACCAAAGAACAGGUUGUGGCACUUGCACAGUUUGUUGCAGAUAAGAUGGGUGGCCCAAUUGAAAGAGACAAAUUACAUGAAUUCAGCUGGGAACUUCAUAUAAGUGAAAUUGAAUUUGAACUGAAAUGCAAUGUCGUACCUAUUGGGAAAAUCAAGAAAGGGACUUUUUACCACAGGGCUUUGCUUUUCAAGGUUAUAGCAGACAGAAUUGGCAUUGGCUGUAGUUUAGUUCGUGGAGAAUACGGCAGAGCUUGGAAUGAAGUUAAAUUAGUUGACGAUUCUCCUCAAGGAAUAACUGGGCUUCUGCUUCCUCCUCAAGUGUAUAUUUUAGAUCUAAUGUACCAGCCAGGCUGCUUAAUGAAGCAAGGAAGUGCAGAGGCAGAUCACUACCAACGUAUUUAAUUCUAAUGUCAGAUCUCUUUCAAAAAGAAAAUAUUUUUAAAGAGAUUUCAUUAAUAAAUUUGUAUGAAACAUAAAGAUUUGUGGGCCGAACUUUCAAACUUUGAUGCUGAAAUUAAAGCACCUAUUCCCACAUUAAGUUGUCUAAAGAGGCACUUCGGUUCUAAAUAUCCAUUUUAGGUGUCUACUCUAAAUCCCUGUUUGUGAUCCAGAAUGUGAAUUUAAGCAUCUCAUUUUAGGUAUCCGAAUUUGACAUCUUAGACAUUUUAUUUAUUUUAUUUGAUGCUGUAUUAUAGAAUAAAAAGUAGAAAUCCAGACUGUCAAUAUUGGUGGGCAUAAUACUUGACUGUGCAUUAUCAUUUCUCCCAGUAAAUGUGUUUAAAGUAUUUAAGAACUUUUCCUUUGGCUCUCUCAUCUUCCAUUGAUGUUAAUGGGAGUACACGAGGUGAGGAGAAUACAAAGCCAAUGAAAUAAUUAGACAUGGUUAAACCAAUUUAUAAUAUAUUUUUUGUUAAAAUAAGCAGAGUACUAGGAAUUGUCUUAGUCUUUGUCUACAUGAGCAGUUUUUCGGCAAAAAUUUGCUGACAUAAGUUUCAAUGACAAAAGCUAUGUCAGCGGGAGCGCGUCUUCCGCCGACAUAGCUACUGCCAUUCGUUGGGGGUGGUUUAAUUAUGCCUGUGGGAAGCUUGGCUGAUUGUCAACAAAGUGCUUCCAUCAAUAACCAGGGUCAUCAGCAUGUUGAAUGCAUGCUUUGGAGAGAUAUGAUGAGAGGUUGUAUUUGUAUUCAUGACUGCUGAUGAAAUGGGACACUACCAUUCCGCCCGCACCCUCUGCCCCAACUCUACAGACAUGUGAUGUGAUUUCCUGGUGGGCUGUUUGGUAACAUUUUCUCUUCUUUGGUUGUAAACAGAAACAAAAUGCAAGUCAUUUGAAGUAAAAAAUGAAAAAUACUUUUCUAGACACGUAGCAAACACAUUUGACAAGUAGACACUAUUUGACAAGUAAACCCUCAGCAAAACAAACAACUUUGUACACUGCAGACUUUGACAAGAUUUCUAUCAAAAAUGUCAUUUGUGUGCAGUUGUUAUUUUCUGUCGUGCGUUUAGUUUUAUAUGAACUGAAUUCUGUUGCUUGAAAACUAUAAAUCACCAGGAAGAAAUGCCCUUGGCUAGCAAAAAUUGACAACAAAUCACGUGCAAGUUCAAAGUUGACUCAACAUCAACAGGGUACAUGACGUUCCAUAGAAGCAUUCAAGGUGAACUUUACAUUGAGCUUUUCCUUUACAGUGUUUAACUAAAUAUAAC